AUGGCCCCCUCAGAGGACCCCAGAGACCAGACAGCUGGCCUGAACAUCACGGGCCUUGACACAGACCUAGAGAUCAGUUCAGGUGGGAAGCCGGCCCACCAUCAGAAGGCCGUCCCCACUGCUCACCUAACUUUCAUUAUCGACUGUACCCGUGGGAAACAGCUCUCCCUGGCAGCAUCCCCAGGGCCGCCCAGAGCCCCAAGUCCCAACCUAGGACCUGUCACCCCUCUAAUGAAGACCUACAUCUUGUUCUGUGGAGAAAGCCAGCCCCAUCUGACUCAGGAGACCCCCCUGGGUGGGGAACACCUUGCCCAGGCCAGGGGUACCCUGCCACCCUGCAGAGGGACUGUGGCCCUAGGUCCUUCCCCAUGCAGCACAGUCUGCUCACAGGAGGCUCCUGAAGCCAAGGGGAGCCCCUUGAAGACUGGGCCCUCAAGGUCUUCAGCUUGGGAAACAGUCAUAGGCUCUCUCAAAGCCCUCUCCUCCUGUGUCUGUGGGCAGGCAGAUUAA